AUGAAUUUGCAUGAUAAGUUUUUGUUUUUAUGUGUUAUACUACCCUUAGUGUCUUGGGCCCGUGCGCUUGGUGAAGAAAGAGAAAUUGCCUUCUUUAAUGAAAAUAAAAUAGGUCGCUUGUACAAUAUUGGGACAAAAAAAUAUCUUUCAUUCUCCAUCAGUAAAGAUGCCCAGUAUGUGGGGAUAGAUGAUAAGAAAGAAAUGGCAGCAAGAAUGCAUAUUCGAAUUGUGCGAGAUGGAUCGGCUGCCUACGGCUUGAUUCUAUCUGCAGAAGAGCAUGACACCAAGUCAUGCAGUAGUGCACAGGAUGAGUAUGGAUCAGGAAAAACAAAGCAAUAUCUAGGAUGCCCAGCCAUGAAAAUAAAAACCGGAGAGAAAGGCCUUAUUACUAUGGAAAGGUUUAGUCCUGCUGCAGAGUUUAAAUUUUUCUUUUCUCCUGCAGUGCUGCCUGCAUUCCAUGCUAUUAGAAUAUUUAACGGAGGAAGGUGCUUGGCAGUUCGGGAGACUGGAGAGCUUGGAAUAGAGGAGUGCGAGUAUGAGGACAUAGUUAAGAAGGCAACUCAGCUAUUUGUAUGGGUUGAUGAUGGUCUGUUCUCUAAAAACUACGACCCAAUGCAAACACUUGAUCAGUCAAAGAACCCAUCUACUCCAUAUUACAUUGCAGAUAAUCCAAACGACAAUACAGUUUGGAAGUAAGGGAGCAUGUGAUUAUUAUACACAAUAAAACA